AUGUACAUGCAAUAUCUUCGUGCCGGGAAAGUAUUGUAUUCGCAAACCUUUCAUGGAUACCCACUGUCCGACAGUAAUCAAAAGCGGCCAUCCAGUGUCCACCUAUUGCAAAAGAAACUUGCACAUCAAUCUACUGGAACGAAGGGUAUGUGUAUUGCCAAUUGUCUCGGGAAAAGGUCUACGCGAUUAGUGCGUAUGGGUCACGGUUACAAUUACGGCAAUGGUGAGGAAACCCUCUACUAUAGGCGUUUCGGUCAAGGGUCUCUACGCACGGUGUAUGAAAGGAAAAGCUGGAGGUAUGUGUAUAUCCCAUACCACGUAAACCCAGAUGUGUGCUGGGACAUCGGCAUUGAAUUUCUUGAGGAGCACGAUGGCUGCGCCACGGAUAUUCUGCUGCCCCAGCAAGCAUCCUCUGGGUUUCCGCUCCUACAAAUAUGCGAGAGGGUUGCUAUGUCACCAGAACCACACAUACAGACCCCUGAAAGCGAGGAUGUAUCGACUGAGGGACAGUCAUCCGUGGACACUGUGUUUCAUGCCAACUUUGUCACGCAACGUGUCAGGGUACCACAAGAGAUAUAUGCGUCCAAAGACAGAACAUUCAAGCCCCGAGUCAUCUCCGCUUUUCGCAUACAUGGCGCCGCUGGCAUACCGCUAGCGGCCAUCUUGCGAGGCGAGACGGAGGGGCUCGAGGGGCGAGCGCUUCCGGCGCUCCCAGACGACAUGACGUGCACGAAGGUGUCCCUGCGCAUUCUGUGGCCGGGAUACGAGCCUUUCACGAAGCAGAUCAUGAUCCGGACGGGCGGGCGGACGGUUAGUAUGGACAGGUUGGUCGAGGUGAUCGCGAAGGUGCUCGUAGAGUUCUGCCAGAAGCGCGCACUGGUUCCGACGAGCGAUCCAGCGUGGCGUCUUGGCCCAGGGUCCAUCACUGUCGAUGACAUGACGUUGCCGAACCUAUAUACAUGGAGCGCAAACACGGAAAAUGGUCCCGCUGCUGCUGUAGAUCUCGAAAAAGCGUGCCGGGAGAAUAACGGGGGAGCUAGUCUGAAGAUUGGGAGCUCGAAGCAUGCUGAGGUCGAUACCAUCGUAGGGAAUGCCAUUGUAAACACGCAUUGUGUAAGUUUCCGGGAUCAAGAGACACAAACUCAGGGUGUCCAGAGCAGGUGCCGACACAAGUGCAACGCAAUGGUCUAUGCCGUAACAGCGUUCGUUAUCAAAUCGACUAACAUUGAGAAUGACGCAGAUGUCGAGGGGGAGUGACUGCGAGCGAUGAAGAAGCGUAGAAAUGACCUCGGGGGCCGGAAUGAACUCGAGUGACAUGUGACAGGAUGUCCAAAGCUUCGGACAAUGUUCUGUGGCCAAUUUGCGCCACAUGCGAGACACAGAAGCUAUGCAGAGCGCGAAGCGCACACGCUCUAGGCUUUCGUGUUCUGAAUCUAAGCCUGUCUCCAGAAUCAGCAAGAAAAUGUCUACAGAGAGCUUUCUCCAUGGGUUCUGCUUGCGACGAGGGUCGGUGGCGGAGUGGAAUAUAAGCAAAUAAAAAGUUGGACAUCAGAGCGUUAGACAAGUUGAUUCGGCUGUAGAAGACGUACGGGUCGUUGGACAGACAUGUUGUAUAGCCUUAUUGUGCG